CAUCUGCGCGAGACCGGACUCUCGGAUAUCCCCAUCGGCCCCCUCUCUAUUUCCCAUCUUGCAUAAAUACCUAACGCAAUGUCCUACUUAAACACAAACAGCGCGAACGUGAUUGUUGAUCAUGACCUUCGCAACGCUCUGAUCAGAACCAACAUAGCCCUGCUUCAACGAGAGAUUCGUGAGAAAAAGAAUUGGUACACUAGCCGCCGUGUCGUAGUUCGGAAGCGCAACGGCCGCAUCCACCUUUCGCGGCUCGGUUCGCGGAAACAGACCGAGUACGUCCCGGUAGACUUCGAGGAGGAAGAGGAUUCCCAAGACACUAGCAGCUUCACGCUGGUCGACGAGACGUCGUCCUCGCGGUCGGCUAGCUUCAGCUCUAACUACUAAGCCCACUCCGCGCCCCCCGCCCCCCCUUCCCCUGCACCAUGGCGCCGGACGGUGCUAUCGCCAGCUCCCGGCCCGCGCCGCAGCAGUGGCUCAUGGGUACGGAGGCCUUCGAGCGUCGCAUGCCGCACCACGCCAGCAUGCGCGCGCUGUGGGAGACCAAGUGGCGGGAACCGUGCUGGAGGUCGGUGUACCCUUUCCACGACGGCGCCUUCGAGGAUUUCGAACCGAUAUUUCUAGACCUGAUCGCCCGGAACGUCAACGACGGCACCUCGGACGACUACACGCAGAGCUUCAUACCCACCGCGAAGGCCCUCGAGAGAAGCGGCGACGCGAUCGCUGCUCGCGGAGCCGAGGGCGCCAAGGACGAGGCCUCGCGUCUGUAUCUGCGCGCCGCGUGUGUCCUACGUAUCGCCCGCUUUCCGUAUAUCACAGGCUUCCCGGUCCCCAACAACCCUGCCAAGUGGAGCGCGUGGGAACUUCAGAAGGCCAUCUACUCCAAAGCAGGAUCUUUGUGGUCGCCGUCCCCUCUAGCCGAAGUCCUGAUCCCGCAUAGCUUCGCCCAGGGACGCGAUCGCGACCGUAUCCCGGCCUAUGUCCGAGUACCACCACCAUCAUCAUCAUCAUCAUCACCAUCACCCCCUUCUCAGGUAUUACCCAACGGCGACGCGAAACACCCGGCCGUCAUCCUCUUCACGGGCCUGGACGGCUACCGCCCGGACAACACGGCGCGCUGCGAAGAGUUCCUCGCGCGCGGCUGGGCGGCCGUCGUGCUCGAGAUCCCAGGCACAGCCGACUGUCCGGCGGAUCCGGCGGACGCGCGCUCGCCCGACCGGCUGCUGGACAGCCUGUUGGCGUGGAUGCAAUCGGACGGGCGGUUCGACACGCGGCGCGUGCUGUGCUGGGGGCUGAGCAGCGGCGGGUACUACGCGGUGCGGGCGGCGCACACGCACCGCGAGGAGCUGCUGGGGGUCGUCGCGCACGGCGCCGGCACGCACCAUUUCUUCGCCCGCGAGUGGCUCGCCCGCGCCGACGGCCACGAGUACCCGUUCGCGCUCGCGCCCGCGCUGGCUAUGAAGUACGGGUACGGCGACGACGUGGAGGCGUAUGUCGAGGGUUCGCAGAGGAAGUUUUCGCUGUUGGAGACGGGGGUCUUGCGGAUGCCGAGUACGAGGUUACUUCUUGUUAACGGAACGCAUGACGGGCUCAUGCCGAUUGAGGAUUCGAUGCUGUUGUUCGAGUACGGGUCGCCCAAGGAGGCGCGUUUCUUCACCGGUGCGUUGCACAUGGGAUAUCCUAUGGCAAAUGCGUCGGUAUAUCCCUGGAUGGAACAAGUCAUGGCUUCUGCGAAGUGAUUGUUAUAUCGAUGUUGUAUUGGGUUUACGGGAUGGCAUCAGGUGGUUGGAAUUGCAUUUGGGCGUUUACAGGGUGAUGUGAAGGUAUUCGAGAUUUCUGGAAGAGGAUGGGUACUGUAAGAAUAAAAUAUGCU